AUUUCGUUCGAUCACUCAGAUGCUCUUUUGAGAUCCCAAAACCUUUCUAUCAUAUAUCACCUGUUUAUAUGAUCGCUAAUCAAUCUUCGUGAUGAGCCGUUCAUGCUCAGGCCAGAAACAGUGGUAUGUUUGCUCUCAAGGCCCUUUCCAAGGAUGCUGUUCGGUAGAUCCAUGCGCUUCCGGUGGUGUCUGCCCGGACGAUGAUGAUGAUAAGUCAACAACAACCAAGCAUACUAGCUCGUAUACUAUGGUACGAACCGUGACUCUCACGACGUCCGGAUCUUCCACACUAUCUACGGUUGCGAGUAAUGUAACUACGACUGGUCGCCCGGAUACAACUAAUCUUCAUGGAACCACGGCUGCCUCCACCACCAGUAUCGAUACGAGCGCUGCCGACAACGUGGGUUCCGAGGCGGAAGGCAGCAAAGGAACCCCCAUUGGACCCAUUGUCGGAGGUGUUAUAGGGGCCAUCGUAUUCCUCAUACUGCUUAUUAUGGUUCUGAUUUUUGCCUAUCGCAGGCGCAAGAAGCGUGUAAGGCGAUUCACUCUUCUCCGAUGGCACACUCCUCUCACUGAUGAUGACAAGGAGGGGCCAUUUGAAAUCGAUACCAAGCCACCACAGAAUGACCGGAUGACUACAGAACAAGAAAUACAUAGUAUGCCAUCAAGACUUCUUAACUUCUCCAAUCUAUACGGCGUGCGGCAAAUGACCUUUUCUCUAUCAGCGCCAUUGAAAAAGGAAAAAGCUGAAGUCAGCUCCCUUCUCACGCCAACUGACUAUUCCACCAACGGAACCACCCCAACCUCACCUACAUCCACCGCAGCAGAAUUAAACGCGUACCACCUCUACCCUCCGAGCCCGUACGCGCCAUUCAGUUGCUCAAAUGCAUCAACAUCCGAGCUCAGCGACACGGGCGUGCACCGACCACGAGCCGAACUAGCAUCCCCGCCCACCAGGGAGCUAAUAAACGUCCCACAGCAGCAAAGACCGUCCUCAAAUCAAUCGAUAUUAUCACUGGGACGUUCAAACCCAGGGUGCGUCGAACUGGCAGCUCAACCCUGCAGGGAGUUAAUAAACGUUCCUCCUCGCCAACGUCAACAACCUCUUACGCUGCCCGCAUCGCCCCAGGGACAGUUAGACUCGACUUGCACAAGCCCGCCGCCCGUCAUCACCGCUGAUGGCGUAGUCUUGACUGCGAACUUUGACGCUUCUUUGCCGGAAUCUUCCUCCGGCCAUGGCACGCUCAGUAGUCAUGCCAUGGGCUUCAUGGAUUACGAAACUGCAAGGAGGUCAAUGUUCUCGGCUCAUCGACCGGAGUGGGAAGGAUAGGCCCGACGAGGCUAGGUUGGACAAGCACGAAGGAGAAGGCCCUCCCAAGAGGGCCAGAUAAUAGUAAUAAUAAUGAAUGAGUAUAAUGAUUUGACGAUCUCGCUGCUGAAGGGCGGAUGAUCUUGGAAUGGGAGCCUUUUGCCUUUUGCUUUCUCCUAUUCGUUCUUUCUCUUACGUAUGUAUGGUCACGGCAUGUUAUUCUUUACCUGGUGUGCUCAGCUUUGCAAGGUUCAUAUCGGCGUGUAUUUAUGAUAUCAUAAGCAUUUCUUUCAUUUGGUAUAUGCCGUUCAUGGGAAACAGCAAAAACGUAAUAGAGAUAGCUAAUACCCAGUUUUGCGUGUGAACCGGACACUAUAGCCAAUUCCACAAGCGAUUGUCAAUAUAUCAUAGCCAUAGCAGUCGCAAAGCCUAAGUAGAAUAUAGGGAGCCAGUUCAACCCCUGUUUCUUUGCAAAUAGAGACGAAAAGCAGUGCUGGCAGUGACUGAUCUUUGCGGCGGUUGAUUCAAAACACACGAGUUACUCCAAUUAGGCGUCUUUACUGCACAAAGCCCUUCGGCGUUGCGGAAGAUAUAUCAUCAAGACAGGAACGAAGUCCCUGACCACCAACCAUCAGGCUUGAAUGUGUACGAGCUACCGAUAUUCGUAAGUGGAGACCUUGGUAUAGUUUGCUGUUGUGGUU